AUGGAGACGGUCCCUCGGAGCGGCUUCCAGCCUCACCCCGGCCUGCAGAAGACCCUGGAGCAGUUUCAUCUCAGCUCCAUGAGCUCGCUGGGCGGGCCGGCCGCCUUCUCGGCCCGCUGGGCGCAGGAGCUGUACAAGCGCGAGAGCGCCAAGGAGGCGGCGGCGGUGGCGGCUUCCUCCGUGGGCCCCGAGCCGCCCCUGCCGCCGCUGCCCCCCAUCCCGCCGCCCCCGCCGCCGGUGAUGCCGGGCCCCUUCUUCAUGCCGUCGGACCGCUCGACGGAGCGCUGCGAGACCGUCCUGGAAGGUGAGACCAUCUCCUGCUUCGUGGUGGGCGGCGAGAAGCGCCUCUGCCUGCCCCAGAUCCUCAACUCGGUCCUGCGCGACUUCUCGCUCCAGCAGAUCAACUCGGUCUGCGACGAGCUGCACGUCUACUGCUCCCGCUGCACCGCCGACCAGCUGGAGAUCCUCAAAGUCAUGGGCAUCCUGCCCUUCUCGGCGCCCUCCUGCGGCCUCAUCACCAAGACCGACGCGGAGCGCCUCUGCAACGCCUUACUCUACGGGGGCGCCUUCCCGCCUGGCCGCUGCAAGAAGGAGCUGGCCGGCGGCGGGGGCAGCGCCCUGGAGCUGGAACUGGAGCUGACCGAGCGCAGCUUCAAAGUCUACCACGAGUGCUUUGGCAAGUGUAAGGGCCUGCUGGUGCCCGAGCUCUACAGCAGCCCCAGCGCCCCCUGCAUCCAGUGCCUGGACUGCCGGCUCAUGUACCCGCCGCACAAGUUUGUCAUCCAUUCCCACAAAGCCCUGGAGAACCGAACUUGCCACUGGGGCUUCGACUCGGCCAACUGGCGAGCCUACAUCCUCCUCAGCCAGGAUUAUGCCGGCAAGGAGGAGAAAGCCAGGCUGAGCCAGUGCCUGGACCAGAUGAAGGAGAAGUUCGACUACAGCCAUCGGUACAAGAGGAAGGCGCCCAGGGUGAGCUACAAGACUUGUAGGACCUUGGAGGAGCGAAUUAUAAUACAGAGCAGCGUCCCGUCCGAUCCUCCUGUCCCCAAGAAACCCAAAACGGACGAUGUCCUGCAGUCUCCCUUACUUGGUGAUAAAGAGAAACAGUCCAGUUGGUUACGAUCCUUGUCCAAUUCAUCCAGUAAGAAUAUUGGGUGUCUCCAUCCCCAGCAGCGUCUUUCCGCAUUCCGGCCCUGGUCCCCCGCCGUUUCAGCCAGCGAGAAGGAGGUCUCCAACCACAUCCCUCGGUUGAUCAGAGACAGUUUCUAUUCGUAUAAAAGUUUUGAGAACUCCGUCGCACCCAACGUGGCGCUGGCCCCUCCUCCUCAGCCAAAGAUCGUCAGCAACCCACUGUGCCCCCCGGCUGCCUUGCGGAACGGCGAGCCCCUGAGCAGCCCUCCCCAGCUCCGGAAAAGGAAACACGUCUCCGAACACCCGGCCGUGCCCGAACCGACGCCCGCUGCCCUGGCCACCGUCGCUCCUCCCGCCGCUACCACGGAAGAAGACAAGGAAUCCGAAGCCGAGAUAGAAGUAGAAACACGAGAAGAAUGUAAGUUCACUUCCUCCCUGUCCUCGCUCUCCUCCCCAUCCUUCACCUCUUCGAGUUCAGCCAAGGACAUGAACUCCCCCAGCCUGCAAGUCCAGCCUGCCCUCCCCGCCAGCAGCAGCAGCAGCAGCAGCAGCAGCAGCAGCAGCAGCAGCAGCAGCACCGUCUUCGAAGGCUCGAGUCACGCCGAGCCUCCCAACGGCCCCAAUGGGCUGGAAGCCGAGCUGGAGCAUCUGAGGCAGGCCUUGGAUGGCGGUCUGGACACGAAAGAAGCCAAAGAGAAAUUCCUCCAUGAGGUGGUGAAGAUGAGGGUGAAGCAGGAAGAGAAGCUCAACGCUGCCUUGCAAGCCAAGCGCAGUCUCCACCAGGAGCUGGAGUUCCUCCGCGUGGCCAAGAAGGAGAAGCUGAGGGAGGCGACGGAAGCCAAGCGCAACUUGAGGAAGGAGAUUGAGCGCCUCCGGGCAGAGAAUGAGAAGAAAAUGAAAGAGGCCAACGAGUCCCGGAUACGGCUCAAGCGGGAACUGGAGCAGGCCCGACAGGUCCGGGUGUGCGACAAAGGCUGCGAGGCCGGCCGUCUACGAGCCAAGUACUCGGCCCAGAUCGAAGAUCUGCAGGUGAAGCUCCAGCACGCGGAGGCCGACCGGGAACAGCUGCGGGCCGACCUCUUGCUCGAGCGCGAAGCACGCGAGAACUUGGAAAAAGCCGUCAAGGAACUGCAAGAGCAACUAUGGUCGAAGCAUAACGACCUGCCCAGCGGUGCCCACACCCCGAAAGACCCCGAGAACUGAGCCCCCCCCGGGCCCGAGACCGGUGGAAUCGAUGCGCUGCCUGUGGCCCCAGGGCCGAUCUGUGCAUAGUAAGCGAGAAUGCGUGGAAGAGGCGUUUUUUUCCCCCCAUCCCUGCAUGUGGCUAAAAAAACCCCCAUGGAUCUGGUUCUUAAUCGGAGGGCAAAUGUUACUCUUUAUAACGAAAGCACUGAAUUCUGCCUCUUUUUUUAAAAAAAAAAUCCGUAUAGCACAACAUUUUCCUGUGCCUAUAACGUGAAAAGUGUUUAUAAAUCUACUCUUUGGAGUCUGCAGCAAAAAAGA